AUAAGAAGUGAAUUUGAGAGUAGCACAACUUAAAAACCAUGACAUUGGUAUAAUAGAAGCAUAAAUAUACAAAGCUACUAUAGUAAUUCAGAAGAAAUACACUUACAUGAUGGAAAACAAAUUACAAGGUCAUUUUGAGCCAACUUGUGAAUGGCAACAUCAAGAUGGAGCUGAUCUUCUCUUGGUCCAUCUCCCAGAAUUCAAGGAUAAGGAAGGAUUGAAGGUACAAGUUAGCAAUUGUGGAGUUGUAAAGAUUUCAGGAGAUGUACAAGCAAACCAAACAAGAUUAAGUUUUCUCAAAGAGAUUCAAUUAGGAAAGGAUCAUAAUGUAGAUGCUAUAAAGGCCAACUUUGAGAAGGGUGUUCUCAAAAUUACAGUGCCAAAUAAGAAUACAAAUGAAGUAUCAAAUAAAUCAAGAUUCAAGAAAGUCAAAAAAGUGGCCUUGGGUGUUGUAGCUAUCGUGGUUGUAGUUUCUGCUUUCUCUGGAUUUGCUUACUACAUUUAUAGGUCUACAAUUGUUAAAGACUAAUAUAAUUGAAUUUACUCCUAUUUCUAUAACAUUAUUAUUAUUAUUAUUAUUA